GUAGGAGAUGGUUCUCGCCAUGCUGGGGACUCUGUACCCCAGGGCUGGGCUGAGCCUGUUCCUCCUGUACCUUGUCCUGGCAGCCGCACUUCUUCACCCCCAGCCUCUGAGGCCUCAGGGAUCUGUUCCUGAGGACUUUUCAGCCCCCCUGGAACUCUCGGAGCCCCUUUCCGGCCUGGUUGAUGACUAUGGGGUCCGACCCAAGCACCCCUGGCCACGAGGGCCGCGGCCCCUCCUCUCCCGAGCCCAGCAGCGCAAGCGAGACGGGCCGGACAUGGCUGAGUAUUACUACGACGCACACCUGUGACGGGAGCCCCUUAUAAAGCUAUUCUGCACAGCUAAGGCUUGGGCUUUCCUGGGAGUGCGGGCUAGGCGUGGGAGGGGUCCAUGGAGAUACACCCACUGUGGUCCAGACAGGAAAUGGCACUUUAAUAAUCGUGGCCAGGGUGACAGAGCCAAGAUGAGGCUACGGUUGAAGCAGCCAGGAGGCCAGGCCAGUCAAGCACCUCCUUCUCCUGCCAGGCCUGGGCCCUGCUGCAGUCUCUUCUCCUGCCCCGUUGCGGUCCUAAGCCUGCCAGGGGCCAGCAUGCUGGCAAAAUUAGAGGUGGGAGACAUCCUGAGGCCACAUGAGUGACAGAGCUGAGAACAGGGGCCUCACCUCCACCUGGCGCCAUUUCCUUGCUGGAAAGUCCUCAGGAGGUGGCUGGCCUUGGCCUGAGCUCAGGGCUCCUCGGUUGGGGUCGGGGGCAGGGGGUAGGGUGGGCACUCGCAGGUGGCAUGGGCAUGGUCAAGGCAGGAGCCAACAGCCAAGGGGCCCAGGCAGGGGGGUGAGGCACAGGAUGGGGCAGAACCCUCUGCUUCAACAAUGGGUGGGUAUCUUUCACAGCCACUGGCCCAACACCCCCAGCCUGUCUCCUGCCAACCCUGGGCAGCCUGCUCUGUCCUCCACAGAUGAAUCUAAUCCCAUAUAUUACAAUAAACUGUGUUCGCCUCUCCCCAACCCCGCCCGCCCCCAC